GAGACGCCCAUAGCUGCCAAUGGGCUUCUUUCAGCGGGUCUGCAUUCCUGCGUAGGUCUAUUGACGGCGCCAAGGAGUGGUCCAGGGUUGGCCGUGACGCUAGGGCCACAGCCCGCCCUGGACGCCACUCACCGCGUGCUUGGGCCCAUCCUAGUCGGACGCCGAUGCUUUCGGCGGAUUGAAGCGGUGGCGCCGCUGUCGUUGGAGGCCAUCCCGCGAGUGCCGGUUUUCUUGCAGUUGCCGAAGAUGGAGGAGGAGAUUCCUGGGGCGCCCCCUCCUCCUGUUCGCGUGGAGCCUUAUCCGGAGUCUGCUGCGGAGACCUUUGCGGAAGAUCCAGAGAAGGAGGGCGCCACGCUCUCUCCAGAGGAAGUUAUUGACUUGGCGGAUGUUGAGCUGAGCAGCCGUGAUGUUGAGGUUGCCGAGCUCAAGCUGGCCACCUUUAGCCGUGAACGGCAGCAGGGAGUCGACAAAGUCGAGCAGGCUCUGGAUUCCAUGCUUCAAAGGCUUGCCGCCCUGGAGGACUUGGACGACACGCUGUCAG